GUCAGCCUAGCUCGGCGCGGUUCGAUACGCUCAUUCUGGCUGCCGGCACACCCAUGGACGGGUGGGCACGCGACGGGGUUCCCGAUGGGGCCGCCACCGCACGGAAGCGGGGAGCUGGGCGGGACGGUGUGCAACCUCUGCCGCCGAGUAACGGCCCUCGCUACGGUAGCACGGCGGCUAACGGGCAGUCGACUUGGAACCGUGGGGACGACUAUGGAGGUAUCAGGGGACGGGUGUCUGCUCUACCAGUACGAGGUGGCCUGCUGACUGCCGAUGACCUGAGUCCCACCUUACGGGAUGAGGUUCAGAGGGCCUAUAUCUACUACGGGUACAGGGUAAACCUCACGACAUGGGAAUGUAUUAAAGGCUUGUUUGUCCUGUCCAACGAAACUGUAAACAUAUGGAGUCAUCUCAUUCCAACCGUCUACUUCGUCGUUCUCUUGGCAAAAGAAGGAAGCCAAGAGGAAGGAUACGCCCGCAACGUCCGACUAGCACAGGAGAUAUGUGCUAUAAUCGGUUUGUUUGGCUCCACGCUGUGCCAUCUGAUGUGGGGUCACAAGUGUGACAAAGUUCGCCGUGGUUUCCUAGCGACCGACGUCGUCACGUUUUGUGUUGCCGUGAUGGGGUCAUACAUAGUGUUCCUCCACUAUGGCUUCUACUGCUUUCCGGGUUGGAGGAACUUCUACCUGUCGAUAUUUGCAGUCUUUCUGUCGGCAAACGUCAUUUCUAUCUACCGAUGUGCGUUUGAACCCGAGAGUGACAAGAAGAGGGAAGAAAGGCUUGUACAGGCGGCUUGCGUGGGGUCCUUCCCCUUCAUUUCCAUCUUCCACCUGUUCCUGGUUCUGUGCCCGGAUUGGUACACGCUCCACAUGACCACCCUGCUCAGGAUCUUGGUGCAUGCCUACCUUGCCGGUGUAGUCGCCAUGGCGUUUUAUGGCCUUCAUAUACCUGAAAGGUUCUUCCCAGGAAAACUGUGGUUCGCAGGAUACAGUCACCACUGGUGGCAUCUUGUCGCCACCUUGUAUCAGCUGGGCUGGUACUAUGCAUGCUGGGAGUUAGAUGACGUCAUCAAGAGGCAGCCGCCAUGUUUAGAGUCUUGAUCUCAGGGAAUUUUAGCACGUUUAAAACCUGCUACAAUUUUCAUUACUACGUUAGGUGUAAGGUAUAACGCACACAUAGUUAAAAAAACAUCAUUCUCACAGGAAAGGUGCUGUUAAGGAGCCUAAAUUAUAAAGGAAAGACACUGAAGCAAUACGAACACAAAUAAUAUAUUCAAUCCACUUGCAAGUCUACCAUGCCCACUUACAUGGGACUUGAUGCACUUUUUUCCCACCGCACGAAGAAACGUACUUUACAGAACCCGCUAUAGGGAUAAAACAGUAGGCAAAUAUUAUCUGAGACACAGGUUUACAGCUUUACCUUGCUGGGAGAAUACCUCAAUAUCAUAGUACUAUAUAACAUAUCUAACUGGUACUUAUACCUUACUAAACAGGUCUGACGAAUUGGUUCUACAGGACCAGAAAACAGUACUGAUAGUAAAUCAUUCCUACAUACACGCAAAUAUGAUAUAAUAUAUGGUUUAGACAUUAGAAAAUCUUGACCCUGCAAUACGAACGAUGUUAAAUCACUUACAAUACGUAUACAAUUACGACAUGAUAAACAACAAUAUAUACAGAAUACAGUAUUCCAAACAAUAGUAUACUAAACAAAUGCAUUUCUCUUAAAAGCAAUAAAAGUGCAAUACGAAGAAGAAUUUGUUUCAUAUGGCUAAACGUACAAUAUUGUCUCUCUCUAUACCUUUACAGGCCGACCGUAGAUAUGUAGAAACGAUUGCUUAAGUAACGGUGAUACCAGUACAUCAGAUAGAUACAAUAUCA